AUGAGAAAUAAGCACAGAGCUGGGAAAACCAAUGCAUUAGGUACCUCACCCAUCAAACUUUGCCCGAGUGAGCCCCCGGUUCUUGCGUGCCUCUCAUUCACCUCACCGUCAAGAACCGUACACGACAUCUUCAGGUCAUCCCUACCAUUCAUUCCAAUGAACUUCUCAAAACGAUAUACCCUCCCCUCUCAUGCCCUUGUCCUCAACCUCCCACCCAGGCGUCCGAACCCUCUCCGCACAUCAACCCUCAUCACCGGAAACCAUCCCUCGCCCCCACCAUCCAGAAAGAUGACCUCCUUCUCCCUUCUCCCUCCCGGCCUGGAAAACCCUCCAAAACCAGCUCACCCACCACCCCACCUCCCCCUGGGGCCUCCACAUCUACCGCACCACUCACUCGCCCUUUUCCCAAACCGCCUGGCCAACCUUCCUCUCCCUCCUCCAAACAAACGUCAGGUCCACCCUAAGAGAAAUCUACCACCUCCCCUCCCUCGCCAGAUCCCACUCCCAACCGAUAUUUUCCGACUCGGAGAAAUACGCGGGGCUGGACACCCACGCGGUAAGAAGCCAUUUCGACAAGUGGGUGUCGUCGGAACAAGCUGUUCCCGAGGGAUCAUCAAGGUGGGAGUACUGUCUCACGGCGGAUGA